AUGUCCUUGAAAGGACCAACACAUAUUAGCAAAAGCUCAAACAUGAUUGAGAAGCAUGUCGACACCGAGGCACGCCAGGUCAUUGACAGUGCCAAAACUGACAAGGCCUUGGAACUUCUGGCGAAUAAUCACAUCGACUUCAAUCCGGAGUCUGAAGAAGCACGGCGUCUGCUCCGCAAGAUCGACUGGAGACUCAUGCCAAUGAUUUUUACCGUGUAUCUCUUUCAACUGAUGGACAAAAACUCGCUUGCGUUUGCAGCAAUUAUGGGCAUCAGGGAGGACGCAAACCUCACCCCAAGUCAAUACUCCUGGCUUGGAUCGAUCGUCUACUUUGGCUAUCUUGCAGGCGAAAUCCCCGCCACUUUCUUGAUGCAGCGAUUUCCCCUCGCUCGUUAUCUGGCAAUCAUGUGCAUGAUCUGGGGCAUCAUUGUGGCGAUGCAUGCCGUCUGCCACGAUUUUGCUAGCCUUGCUGCGGUUCGCUUUCUCUUGGGCUUUGUCGAAGUCUGCACAGCGCCCGCAGUUAUCAUGAUCACGGCUUCUUGGUACACUAAGACCGAGCAGGUGACUCGUGUCGCUAUCUGGUAUACGACGUCUGGAUUUGCCGCAGUGUUUGGAGGCUUUUUCUCAUGGUGCAUCUAUCAAGCGACUAGUUUUCGGUGGCAGGGGCUGUUCGUGCUCUAUGGAGGCCUCACCCUCUUCACUGGUAUCGUUGUGCUUUUAUUCCUGCCAGCAUCUCCCACGGAUGCUAAAUGGCUGACGAAUCAACAGAAAGUCAUGGCCCUGGAGCGUGUGCGGAGUAACAAGACCGGAACUGAGGUAUGGAAGUUCAAUGCGGCCCAGCUGAAGGAAGCGCUCUUGGACGUUCGAUUCUACAUGGUGUUUCUCCUCCUUGCCAGCGGAGGUGUGGCCAAUGGAGGUGUCACUGCCUUUGGGCCGACUAUCAUCAAAUCAUUCGGCUUCAGUGUCUCACAAACGACCCUACUCAAUAUGGGUUCCGGCGGCGCCCAAGUUGCUGGAACAAUCCUUGCGCUUUUUGUUGCGAAGAAAACCAGCGGUACCUUCGCAGGCGUCUAUACGCUCGUGCUCGCUGUUGUGGGUACCGUUAUGAUGCUUGCGAUGGCUCCCCAACACAACACUGCGCGCUACGGUGGUUUUAUUCUGCUCAUGCAAUUCCCGAUCUAUGUUCUCUUCGUCAUCACAUUCAUGACUGGCGGGGUUGCUGGUUCGACAAAGAAGUUCGCCUUCACGGUAGCUUAUCAAUUUGGAUAUUCAGUGGGAAACAUCGUCGGUCCUCAGACCUACCGUGGCUCUGAUGCUCCAAAUUAUCCGAUUGCCAAAUACACGAUGCUAGGGUUCUUGGUGCUCACAGCCCUAAUGGUUGGUACCUAUGGCUUACUACACAAAUUGUGGAACAAGCGGAGAGACGCAAGAGCUCUUAGUGAGGGUGAAGAGCCACGUAUGGAAAACGAAGAAUUUAGCGACUUGACGGACUUCCAGAUCAAGAGCUUUCGCUAUCCAUUAUGA